AUGAUAUUAAUAAAAAUGAAAAUUUGGAAAGUUUAAUAUUAAAUAUUGCAGAUUUAGUAGAUUUAAUAUUGCUAGAGUUUUUAGUAUCUAGAGAUACAAUAUUUUCUUCAAAGUCUGUUACAACUAAUUAG